ACUUGCACUUGUGACACAAGUUCGUCAAUGAUCGACGAUUUGGUCAACUUAUCUGGAUGGUUUGCCGUGUGUUUAAUGUUUCUAGGAACCCAAGGAAUGGCUAAUCAUCUAAGAACUGGAGGUCCCAAUGCCAUUGAUUCCCUUAUCUAUGAUUCUGCUGCAGUUAAAUUCAGUGCUAGUUUAGACCCGCUUAUGGAUUUAGACCAGAAAGACAUUCUUGCCAGGCCGUUUAUUUCAGAUGCUAAAAUGGAAGCCAAUAAUAAUUUUGAGGAGGAGGAUUUGAAGUGUGUUGCUGAGAUGGGCGACGCCCUAACUAUGUUGGAGCCUCAUCUAGGUGGUGGUGGUGGUGGUGAUGAGGAUGAGAGCGGAGAAGAAGAGGUCUGGGAGUCGGUCAGUGAGCUCGCGAGUGAUGAAGAAUAUGUGACUGAAGAAGAAGAAGAAGAAGAAGUGGGAGAAGAAGGAGACUUUGAGGAAGAAGAUGAAGACGAUGAUGACGACGAUGACGAAGAUGGAGAAGAAGGUGUCGACGAUGAGGAGGAGGAGGAGGAUGAAGAAGAGGAGGAUGCGUACAUCGAAGGAGAAAACGAGAUGGAUGAUGCGGCGAUAUCAAGCGAGGACGAAGGAGGAGAAAAGUGUGCUAUCUGCCUCCGUUCGUUUAAUGAUCAAGAAGUGGGCUCGCCGGAGAGCUGUGAUCAUACCUUCUGCUUCGAGUGUAUCUAUGAAUGGUCAAAGAAUGUUACAACGUGCCCUGUAGAUCGUAGUGUGUUCUCACUCAUCUUAGUGAGGAAUACAAUCCACGGUGAGAUUGUCAGACAGAUGGAGGUGAAAGCACAAGAAACUGUUGAUGAAGACCAAGAUCCGACCUACUGUGAGGUUUGUGGAGAGUGUGACAGAGAAGAUCGUCUGCUGCUGUGUGACGAGUGUGACUCUGGCUACCACUGCGAAUGCCUCACCCCGCCACUUACCGACAUCCCUAUUGAGGAGUGGUACUGCCCUAACUGUGUGGAUCAUGAUGAUGAGAGCAGUGAAGACGAGUACAUGUCCGGCCUGCGUCGUCCUCUCAGGAGGGUCAGGGAGUACGCACGGGCCAUCGCCAGGACACAGGUAGCAGAGAGGGUCCUGUCAAGGGUUCGCCAAGCGAGGGAGCUAAGACGCAUUGAUGAGGAGGAACAGACUGGUACGACUAGCACAGCUACACGUGCCCCGAGGGUCCCCAAACCCCGAAGGAAAACAACCCGCAAACGCAAGACCACCAAACGCAAAACCACAAAGCGCAAGACAACAAAGCGCAAGACCACCAAACGCAAGACGACUAAACGCAAAACAACCAAGAGGAAGACCACAUCUACAACAACAACAACCACUGGGACGAAGAAAAAGCGUAGGAAAACCAGACGGAGGAAACGAAAGGUUCGAAAAGGCUCUGCAGGCGCUCGUACAGCCGCCCCCUCUGUGGCCAAGACGAUCCGGCGCAGGAUCGCUGGCAAGCUGAACCUGGUCAAGCCCAAGGUGGGCUCCAUGAUGCCUGAUAUGAAGCAGAAAGGAGAGCAGAGCUUGCUCUUCAAAAGGCAUGAGAUCGGUGUGGCUUCCCUCUCCCUCACUGGAGGCGAACAUCUAUUUGAUCCACGUGAUGAUGAUUCACAUGUGACUCGGGGACCUGGUGCACAGAGCGCACCAACUCCAGCAAGGCCCUUAUCCGCUACCUCUUGCCCGUCCACUAGCAGUGGACCCUUAGACCUACUGGGCAGUAUUCUACAGGCUGGGAACAUCCUCCACAUGAAGAGUGAAAACAUCAUCAUCCACAAAGACGGAACACUCACCUCGGCCAGAAAGAAGGAUGAGAAGGCCACCCCUAAGAAAUCCCCCACCAAGACAGCUCACAGACCCUCUACUUCAUCUGCUACUAGCCAUCAUCACAACUCAGAGAAAGGAAGCUCCAAGUCAGAUCCCAUGGCACCUGUGACCUCCUCCCAGGGUCAAAGGUCAUCACAAGCUGAAGGUCAUCCUCAAGGUCAACAGAAGUCAGAGAGUAGUAGCAGCAGGCCGCACUCCUCGAGGGUGAAAGAAUCACAAGAAAUGGGCUGCGAUGAUAGGGUUGAUGAUUUGGAGCCGGUAGAAAUGGACAUUGAUGAUGACGACGAUGAUGAUGAUGUAACAUUUAUGAAUGAUGUCAAUCAAGUGAGCAAGGGGAAAGGGUCUUCUCUCGGUACCGGUGUAAGUGAGAUUCAUCAGAAUUAUGGCUGGGACAGACGGUCAGAAUUUGUGAGAACUAGAGAAGGGAUGGCAUCACAGAAUGCAUCUCUUUCAAUGAAUGAAGGGCAGGAGUGCCAGGACAGAGAUGAACAUGGGAAUGAUGAGAGUGAUGGGGAUGUGGGUUACCAUGGAAACGACGAUAGCCAGGGUGGAGACGGGGAUGAUGGUUAUCCGCAAGGAGACGGCGAUGAGGAUCAGGGUAAUCAAGACGAGAAUACAGUCAAUAAUAAUAAUAAUAAUAAUGGAGAAGGGGGAGGUGGAGAAGGGGGAGGUGGAGAGGGAGAGGAAGGAGGAGAAGGAGGAGACGAGGGAGAUGAAGGAGAAGAAGGAGGAGGAGAGGAGCAGGGAGAGGAAGAGGAGGAGGCAGAGGAAGAGGUGGAGGAAGAAGAAGAGGAAGAUGCUUCACAUGCUGUUGAGCAGCAGCAAGAAGAUUAUGCCAAGGUUGGAGAUGCAGAUGAAAGGAAUGAGGAUGGAGAGGAGGAGAGGGAGGAGGAGAGGGAGGAGGAGGAGGUGGCUGUUGAAGAUCCUAUGGCUGAAAAUGUAGCAGAGGAAGAGGCAGAUUGCAGAGAAAAUGUAGAUGAGGUUGGAGAAGAAAAGGAGGAAAACCAAGUGGAAGAAGAGCAAGAGGUAGAGCGAGAGGUGGAAGAACAAGAAGAAGAAUUGGCUGAAGAGGAAGAGCAGGAGGAAGAAGAAGAAGUAGAAGAGGAGGGAGAGCAAGAAGAGGAAGAGGUAGUGGAAAUAGAAAAUGAUGCAGGGGAUACGUUACAUGAGCAAGAAAUUGAAGAACAAAAUGCAGAAGAAGAAGAUGGAGGAGAGGAAGCAGGAGAAGAGCAAAAAGAAGAUGAGGAAGAAGAAGACGGAGAAGCAGAAGAGGGUGAAGACAUGGACGAUGAACAAGACCAUCAAGACGAAGUGGAGAUUGUGAAUGAAAAUGCUGAGGAAGAGAAAGGUGGUGAUAUGACUAGUUCUAAGCCUUUAAUUGGUGAGCUGGAAUGUGAGGACAUUUCGGAUGAGGACAUUGUUCCAGAAGAUGGAGAUCACGCAGAAUCCGACGACGAGGAAGGUAUGAUCAAAGAGACAAGCGAUGGGAAUGUCAUUGAAGCCAAACCCAAGGGCAAAGACUCCCGGAAAGAGAGGAGAUCAGAACCAGGAGAGACUCGUCAGAUGGCUACAGAGGUGACAGAGUCUGAUGUGAAGCACGGAGCGUCUUCCGCAGAGGAGGGGGAAGUGAAGACGGAUGAUGAGUCGAGGAAGGGAAAGAAGACACGUGGCAAGCGGAAGCGGAAGCCAAAGAAGCGUAACCGCGAUAAACGAAACGUGGUCGUGGAUCCGCGCAAGUCCAUCUCGCUGCAUCCACUGAUGGCGCCAGACAUCCCCAGGAUGCCGAAGCGUGGGGAGGAGCCUGCGGGAAGGAGGGAAGGGAGUCGGGAGGCAUACGGUGACCUGAGACAGGUUAUUCAGGUCAAGAGGGACACGCCCUACACGGCAGAAGAGCUCAGGAGAUAUCACGAGGAGUACUGGGAGGAGUACAACCGUCGACGGGAUGAAAGGAGAGUGGAACGCGUCGGUGGUACCCUUGGGACCAGUAUACAUACGAUCAGUAUGCAUACUAUGAAGCUUGGAGGAAUAUGGGUGGCGAAUUCGCUGGAGGGAGACCUUGGGGCUUACAUGUACAGCGUGACCGAUCCCCCAUCUAUGAUCGGAGGAAAAAUGGUGGAGCCGCAAGCGUUAUUAGACCCCCGCCUCGAAGCACAGAGAGAGAGUGCAAGGAAGGAAUUAGAAAGAGGAAAGGAGGAGGGAUCGAGAAAGUCCAGUGAGAAAAAGACAAAAUCUGACAGUGAUGCUGGUCGUAAGGACCAUGCAACAAAGAAAGAAAGCAGCAGAUCUCAGAAAGAUGAAAAGGACAAAUCAAAGAAAGAAAAGACUAAGAGUAAAGGACAUGUUCAUGAAAAUUCUGCACGUGAUAAAAAUGGUAGGGAGCGUGAAGAGGGUGAAAAGGACAAGAAGUACCGUGAUAAAGAAAAGGGAAAAGAAAAGGAUAGAGAAAAGGACAGAGAAAGCCGUGAUAAGCAUGGACACGAUAAAGAAAAAGACCGAGGCAGGCAGAAGGAGAGGGAAAGAAGUCGUGAAAGAGAUCGUAGUCGGAAAGACCGUGAACAUCGGAGUAGAGACAGGGAUAGACACCGAAGCCGUGACCGUGAGCGUAGCCGUGAUCGAGGUCGUGAGCAGAGUAGAGAUAGGCAUCAUAAAAAGAGUGGCGAACGUGAGCGCAGCAGAAGCAGAGAUAAUGAUCAUAGUCGCAGCAAGCACAGAUCCCGCAGCCGAGAUCGUGAACGUAGCCGUAAGCGGGAAAGAAGCAGUGAAAGCGAUCGUGUUACAUCUAGAGACAGGAGGAGAGACAGGUCAAGGGAUAGGGGGCGAGACAGAAGUCGAGAAAAGGUUGUAAGAACAUCCAAGGAUCAUGAUAAGCCUAAAGAAAGAGAAAGAACUAGAGAUAGUGUUAAGACGAUAAAGAAUGAGGAUAUAAAGUCUACCUCUUCUGUCCCUCUGAGAAAAGAACGGGGUAAAGUCACAGUUGAUGCAUCUGGAGUUAGAAAAAUCUUGUUGGGAGCAAAAGCUACCGGUAAGCCAAAGGUUCCCAAAAAGGUUGUGAACAAACCUGCCCCAACAGUUGUUAAAGUGGAAAGAGUAAAAGUUAAGAAGAUUAAGAAAGAAAAGGCAGGAGCUGAAAGCAAAGUAGAAAAGAAAGGAAAGAAAGCCAAGGUAAAGGGAGAGAAGAAACUGACUAAAGGCAAAAAGAAGAAGGCAAUUGUCAAGAGACCACUGUCGUUUGAUGUAGAUGAAAUUGCUGCACCAGCCAAAAAGAAGAAGGCAAUUGCCAAGAGACCAUUGUCUUUUGAUGUGGAUGAAAUCGCUGCACCAGCCAAAAAGAAAAAGGCUCCAGCUACCGUUGUAGAGGUCAAGGUUGAAGACAUUGUUCUAAAGCCACCAAGCCCUCUGAUAUUUGAUGAUGCUGAUGACUCGAUCCCUGUGCCUUCCACAACACGUAGCUUGUCUCACAGUCCUGACGAACUCUUCAUCGACAUCGCCGCUCCAGACAUUGAUCUGGAUCUGUCAAGGACAGUUAUGGAGUCUCCAAAACUGGUGCUCAAGGCUAAAUCACCAGCUGAUGUUGCAGUGGCCGAUAGCAGUCAUCUGGAGACAGACAUGUACGAUCCCUUCGAACCUACGGCAUCACCUCCAUCAGGUAUCAAGUCUCCAUCCCCGAUCCCAUCGGAGGCAUCACCUGCCCAUGACAAUGCCACAUCAUCCUCUCUGGAAGUGUUCAAACAGGCCUCCACGCCUCCUCCGGAAGUGCCUCCAAACCCGACAUCCACCACGGACGUCUCCAGCUCAGACAUGGCCACCAACCCCUCGCAGCAGGGCAUGACCAACGAAGACCGCCUCAUGCUGGCAUCCCAGGCUAGUCAACAGAUCACCAAGAUCCUCAAUCAGCUGGCGACCGUUCCCGUCGCCAAGCCAAGGGUCUCUCCAGAGUCGCCCGUAGAGCAGACCAUGUCCUCUGCCUCCAUUGAGCUGGGGCUUUCCCCGGAGCACCUCAGUGGGUCAAGUCUCUCUGUCAGCUCACUUGGAUCCGAUGAUUACAAAGUGGAUCUAAUCCUGCCACAGGACAACAUCGGAGAGCCCCAAGAGGAUGACAUAGAAAUGUCUGCUGUGGACCUUUACAACAAGAACAGUAGAGACAGGUACCUCAAGAAGCUGUACCACCAAGAGAGGGUUGUGGAGGAGGUGAAGCUAGCCAUCAAGCCUCACUACGUGCGUAAGACCAUCAAUAAGGAAGACUACAAGGAGAUCCUCAGAAAGUCCGUCAAUCAGGUCUGCCACAGCAAGACGGGAGAGAUCAACCCUGUCAAGAUCCGUCGUCUCAUCGACGGCUACGUUAAGAAGGCCCAGCACAAGAGCAAGAAGCCUAGCGGGGGUGACCCCCACAAGUCAGGCAAGGCCAGUGGAGGGUCAGCCGGAAAGACCAGCUUCAAGACAUCCGGCAAGAGCUCCAGCAAGAGCGCCGGCAAGAGCGCCAGCAAGGCUACUAAGGAACCGGCCAGUGCUUCAAAACUGAUCGAGAAGGGCAGAAGUCUUGGGCUCAAGUCAAAGUAAAAUGUAUUCUUAUACCUAAUCGAGGGGUUAGUGACACAAAGACUUAACUCCAUUUUUGAGAAAAAGUGGUUUAUGUGUCACUAAGCAUUUAGGCCUUAGGGAGUUAAGUCUGUUUCACUAGCCAAUGGGGUGUUGGGUGGAGUUAAGUCUUUGUGUUUCCUGGAAAACCCACAUUUUUCUGAUCAUUUUGAUAUCAAAUACUCAUUUUGGCAAAAUAUGGAGCUACGUCUUUGAGUCACUGAAUCCUUGUAUUGAUGAUAAUAAUGAUGAUAAUUGUGAUUAUCAUAUAUUUACUAAUCGCAUGUUAAUAUUUUGUAUACUACGUGGUUUCCUUAGGAUUCAGGCACUUGUACUCCUUUGAAACCUACUGGGACUUGAUUUUAAAAGAAAUUAUCAUAGAAUUAGAUAGGAUUAAAUUUGAAAAUAUUUGUUAUCAUGUCUUUUAAUUUGAGAUGGGAAUACCAAUUCAGUCAAUUAUUCUUCUGCUGAAUAUUUCAAUUUCAGAGAGGUAAUUAACAUAAUUACAUGUACAUGUAUUAUGUAGGAAAAAAAUACAAUGAUAAUGCUGUUGUGUCAUGUAUUCCAUGAUCAAUGGACAAUUUGCUUUACAUGAAGACAUGAUAUUUCAUCUAGGUAUUAAAACUAAUAAUUAUGUUUUUAAAAAAACAAUAAUAAUGAAAUGCAGUUCUACCAUGUAUCUCAUGAACAAUGAAAAUGAACUCUGUUUUACAAGGAGACAUAUACAUGUAGUUCUAUAGACGCACAUUAUUUCAAUUUCAGCAAGAUAAUAGAAUUCAAUAAUACAAUUUAGAAAUGGCGAAGAGGAACAGAGUUAUAUUAAACACAUGUGAAUGAAAAAAUUUAGAGAUGGCAUAUUAUUAUUAUUUUGUUUUAAAAUUAAAAAUGAAUUUAGCCUUCAGGCAACUCCUGCAAAACAGCUAAUAAACUUUCAAAAAUUGAUUCGGGUCAUCAAUUUGAAAGCAAAUUAUGAUGUGCCAGGUGGGGUAUUUUUGUUACUAGGAAUAGGACAGGGGCAAAGAGAAUCAUGUAGACAGUAAACUAUAAUCAAUUAAAAGAACUGAGAGAAGUAUUUUAAACAAUUUCAAGUGAUAGGGAAAAAAAAGGCAUCUGGUACAAGUUGAGUAGGAUUUUGAUUCUGAUUUUUUGCUCAAAUAGAUAAGGUUUUCAUCCGUUAGAUAAAUGUUUGAAAUCUAGAAUUCUUUCCCGCACGUUUAAUUCCAUCGUUUAUAAAAGCCAGUCAGCUUUGGAGUAAGAAAGUGGCGGGAUUUGUGUGCCUAAUGCAUAAUACAUGUUGGCUUGUUAAUUUUCAUUGAUAGUCGUUAUGAGAUUUUAUAUUCCAUGCAAGGGCUGCCCUCAUUUUUGAUUGCGAAGAUUUUUUUUUAGAAAACUGCUACGAAGUUGGUUGAUUGGUCAAUUUUCUAAUUAAUUUGAAAGGUUAACACGAAUAAGCUGAUGACAAUAAUCAUGUGUUUUAUGUGUAUUUUGAGUAUUUCCUACUUUGGACGAUCUUAGCCAAA